GUCCAGUGCCCAGCGGUGACCAGCAGAGCCCAGCUCAGCCAGGACUGGGUGAUGCAGCCCUGCACAUGUGUGCGCCAGGCCUACCGCCCUGCCUGGGCCUCGAGGGCUGCGAGCUUCCCAAGGGUGGUGCCCGGCCAGCAGUCUAGGGGUUAAGGUGACGGACGGGUUAAGGGUUCAGGUUACUUUUCCUGGAGCCCUCAGAAGAGGAAGCUCCCUGGAACAGCAGAGCCAGCGACAGAGGCACUCUCGGAGCCAGCGACACUCCCGGUGAGGCUGCUUCCAGCCCAGCCCAGAGCACCGUGAGCAGGUGAGGCCACUCCCAGCUCAGACCAGGGCACCCGUGAGCAGCGCACCCAGAGCUGACCACACAGAGGUGCUGUCCGCCGAGGCCUCGCUGCCCACGUGCUGCUGCCAGGUGGGGGGGGGGGAUGGCUCCCCAGCCUCCAGCCACUUAAUUACUCACCCAUUAACCCAGGGCUCAUAAACCUGCCUGGAACCCGCAGAUAAAAGCCAGCACCUGGGUCGCAGCUGCCUCUUACUUGUGCCCACGCCAGCUCUGCCAUGGCCGCGGGGUUCUUCAUCAGCAAGACGCUGGGCAUCGUAGGCAUUGUGUUGGGCAUCGGCGCCGUGGCCACCAUCAUCGCCCUGUCCGUGGUGUACUCGGAGGAGAAGAACCGCAACACGGCUGCCGUCAGCGUGCCCAGCACCACCCCCUCCGGGGCCGCGUCCACCACGCCACCCACCUCAGGCCCCAGCGGGCCCCAACAACCCUGGAACCGCUGGCGGCUGCCUGACUCGCUGAAGCCGCUGAACUACACGGUGACGCUCCAACCUUUCCUGGAGCCCAAUGACCAGGGCCUCUACAUCUUCAAGGGCAACAGCACCGUGAUCUUCCAGUGCCAGACCGCCACCAACCUCGUGCUGCUGCACAGCAAGAAGCUCAACUACACGAACCAGGGCAGCUUCCUCGCCUCCCUGCAAGGCCUCGACGGUGCCCACACGCCCGCCAUCAACCGGAGCUGGCUGGAGCCAGAAACCGAGUACCUGGUGCUGACGCUGAUGGAGCCGCUGGUGGCAGGCCGCCGGUACCAGCUGUUCAGCACCUUCGUGGGGGAGCUAGCCGACGACCUGGCCGGGUUCUACCGUAGCGAAUACAUGGAAGGCAACGUCACGAAGGUGGUGGCCACAACACAGAUGCAGGCGGCAGACGCACGGAAGGCCUUCCCCUGCUUCGACGAGCCGGCCAUGAAAGCCACGUUCGAGGUGACGCUCAUCUACCCAGUCAACCACAAGGCACUCUCCAACAUGCUCCCACAGAGCUCCAGGCAGCAAGUCGUCGAUGGUGUCAUGCGGGAAGUUGUCACCUUCCAUCGCACACCCCCGAUGUCCACCUACCUGCUGGCCUUCAUCGUCAGCGAGUUCACCAGCGUCGACAACCAGACGGAUAAUCUCCUGGUCCGGAUCUGGGGCCGGCCCAAUGCCAUCGCGGAGGGGCAGGGCGCCUACGCGCUCGAAGUCACCGGGCCCAUCCUGCGCUUUUUCGAGAAACACUAUAACACGCCGUACCCCCUGCCCAAGUCUGAUCAGGUGGCACUGCCCGACUUCAACGCGGGCGCCAUGGAGAACUGGGGACUGGUGACGUACCGCGAGAACUCGCUACUCUUCGACUCGAAUUUCUCCUCCAUCGGCAACAAGGAGCGCGUGGUCACCGUCAUUGCCCACGAGAUCGCCCACCAGUGGUUUGGGAACCUGGUGACCCUGCGCUGGUGGAAUGACCUGUGGCUGAACGAGGGCUUUGCCUCCUACGUGGAGUACUUGGGGGCUGACGCCGCCCAGCCCACCUGGAGAAUCAAGGACCUGAUGGUGCUGAACGAUGUGUACCGUGUGAUGGAGGUGGACGCGCUGGCCUCCUCCCACCCCCUCACCUUCCAAGAGGACGAGAUCAAUACCCCUGCCCAGAUCAGCGAGGUCUUCGACUCCAUCUCCUACAGCAAGGGAGCGUCAGUGCUACGGAUGCUUUCUGCCUUCCUCACUGAGGAGCGGUUCAAGAGGGGGCUGCAGUCCUACCUGCAUACUUUCGAGUACGGGAACACCGUCUACAAUGACCUGUGGACUCACCUGCAGAGGGUGGUCGACGCAGACAAGUUCAGCCUGCCUGACUCCAUCAAGAACAUCAUGGACCGCUGGACGCUGCAGAUGGGCUUCCCCAUGGUCACCGUGGACACCACCACAGGGAGCAUCUCGCAGAAGCACUUCCUGCUGGACCCCACGUCUGUGGUGGAUCGGCCCUCCCAGUUCCAGUACACCUGGAUCGUUCCCAUCACAUGGAAGACCACCACUGGCGCAGAACAGACGUACUGGCUCACGCAGACCACAGCCACGAAUCCAUCCUUCCAGGUGUUGCAGGCCAACUGGCUCCUACUCAACCUCGAUGUUAAAGGGUAUUUCCGGGUGAACUACGACACGCAGAACUGGAACCGGCUCCUCGCCCAGCUCAGCAGUGACCACCAGGUCAUCCCGGUGAUUAACCGUGCCCAGAUCAUCGACGAUGCCUUCAACCUGGCUAGGGCAAAGUACGUGCAGGUGGAGCUGGCGUUGAACACGACACGGUUCCUGCAAAAGGAGACCGAGUACCUGCCCUGGACUGCCGCCCUCAACAACCUGGCCUACUUCCAGCUCAUGUUCGACCGCAGCGAGGUCUUCGGGCCCAUGCAGAGCUAUGUCCAGAAGCAGGUGAAUCCCCUGUUCAAGCACUACAAGACCAUAACCAGCAACUGGACCACCAUCCCGGAAAGCCUGAUGGACCAGUACAACGAGAUCAACGCCAUCAGCACGGCCUGCUCCUACGGCAUCCCCGAGUGCCUGGAGCUGGCCACCGCCUUGUUCGACCAGUGGAAGGCAAACUCCACGAACAACCCCAUCCACCCGAACCUGCGCUCCUCCAUCUACUGCAGCGCCAUCGCCACGGGCGGCGAGGCGGCCUGGGCCUUCGGCUGGCAGAUGUUCCUCGAGGCCCCCGUCGUGGCCGAGGCUGACAAGCUCCGCUCUGCCCUGGCCUGCAGCCAGGAGCCCUGGAUCCUCAAUAGGUACCUGGAGUACGCGCUGGACCCUUCCAAGAUCCGCAAGCAGGAUGCCACGUCCACCAUCAACAGCAUUGCCCGCAACGUGGUGGGCCAGACCCUGGCCUGGAACUUCAUCCGCGGCAACUGGGCCACGCUGUUCCAGCAGUACGGCGGGGGCUCCUUCUCCUUUUCUGGCCUGAUCCAGUCCGUGACGCGGCGCUUCUCCACCGAGUUCGAGCUGAAGGAGCUGGAGCAGUUCAAGGCAGACAACAUGAACGUGGGCUUCGGCUCGGGCACGCGGGCGCUGGAGCAGGCCCUGGAGCGCACCAAGGCCAACAUCAAGUGGGUACAAGAGAACAAGCAGCCGGUGCUGGCCUGGUUCAAGAGCGAGGCCAGCUAACGGGGCCAGCGCCACCCCAGACCCGGCCUCACGCUGCAGGUGGCAAGCGGGGCAGGUCCCGGGGGGCUGCGGUACCCCAGCUCCGCUCCCCGGGGCCCCAGCCCGGGGCUGCCACCCCUGCUCCCAGCCUCCCCCGGCCCCGGGAGCCUCCCUGAGCCCCCAUAACGGACACGCUCCCACAAUGCUUUGCACUGCCUGCGAUCCCUGGCCAUGCUCCCACAAUGCUUUGCACUGCCUGGGAGUCCCUGGCCACUCUCCCACAAUACUUUGCACUGCCUGGGAGUCCUUGGCCACACUCCCACAAUGCUUUGCACUGCCUGCAAUCCUCAGCCACAUUCCCACAAUGCUUUGCACUGCCUGGGAGUCCCUGGCCACAUUCCCACAAUGCUUUGCACUGCCUGGGAUUCCCUGGCCACGCUCCCACAAUGCUUUGCACUGCCUGGGAUUCCCUGGCCACGCUCCCACAAUGCUUUGCACUGCCUGGGAGUCCCUGGCUAUGCUCCCACAAUGCUUUGCACUGCCUGGGAGUCCUUGGCCACACUCCCACAAUGCUUUGCACUGCCUGCAAUCCUCAGCCACAUUCCCACAAUGCUUUGCACUGCCUGGGAGUCCCUGGCCACGCUCCCACAAUGCUUUGCACUGCCUGGGAUUCCCUGGCCACGCUCCCACAAUGCUUUGCACUGCCUGGGAGUCCCUGGCUAUGCUCCCACAAUGCUUUGCACUGCCUGGGAGUCCUUGGCCACACUCCCACAAUGCUUUGCACUGCCUGCAAUCCUCAGCCACAUUCCCACAAUGCUUUGCACUGCCUGGGAGUCCCUGGCCAUGCUCCCACAAUGCUUUGCACUGCCCAAGCUCCUGGUUCUCAUGAUGCUUUGCGGCCCGUGCUGCAGCGCCUGCCCUGGGGGGCUCGCGUACCCCUAUGAAGCCCUCUCCGAUGGGAGGGCGAGGGGAGUCGGGCCAGCUCCGCGCCCGCGCUGUACAGUACUUGGUGCAAUGCCAACCCUGUAAAUAAAAGUGUUGCGCUGA